AUGAUCGUGGGCCAAGCUCCCGAUGGGAGCCAACCUGUGACCACUGAUACUCCCAAAGAUGAGUCCUUUCAUUUGGCUGAGAGCGGCCAGAAGCCACUGCCGACCGUUUCGAUCAGAGGCGUCUUUUCCAACAGGGUGGAACCUGUUAACGUUCAAGUUCGCCAUCUUGGCGUUGAACUCACAACAGAGACCGUUUGGUCUAAGCUACCGAGAAGGAUCACGUCGAGGCCUGACCGCCAGCCCCCGAAAGAGAUUCUUCGAGAUAUCUCAGCCGACUUCCAGCCUCGAUCACUGACAGCAAUCAUUGGGGCCAGUGGAUCUGGCAAGACAACUCUCUUGGAUGCGUUAUCCGACAGACUUGCAAGUCAAGCACGUAUAAGCCAGGGAACGACCACCUUCAACGGCCAUCACAGGGUUCACAAUGUCAGGCACGCCUAUGUCACUCAGCAAGACGUUCUCCUCCCUACCCUCACCGUACGAGAGACCCUGAGAUACGCUGCCGACUUGCGUCUUCCGUCCUCCGUAACAGCGCUGAAACGUUGUGAAUUGGUCGAAGAUGUCAUCAAGGAGCUGGGCCUGCAGAAGUGCGCCAACACUCGGAUUGGGAACAGUAGGAAGCGAGGAUGCUCAGGUGGAGAAAGGCGCCGUGUCAGUAUUGGAGUCCAGCUUCUCGCAAACCCAUCACUUUUGUUCUUGGAUGAGCCUACCACUGGCCUUGAUGCUGCGAACGCCUUUCAGUUAGUAGCCACACUCCAGGACAUGGCUCAGAAAGGGCGCACCAUUAUCAUGACGAUCCAUCAGCCCCGAUCCGAGAUAUGGUCCCUGCUGGACAAUCUGCUUGUCUUGGCCAGCGGAGGACUCGUCUUUUCUGGCCCCAUCUCGGAGGCUCUCCCCUGGUUCGAGACCAAGGGCUCCCGCAAGCCCCCGUUUACCAACCCUGCCGACUUUGUCAUCGACAUAUCCUCGAUCGACUACCGAAGCCCUCAACUAGAGGAAGAAAGCACAACUCAUAUCAGCGCCUUGAAGUCAGCCUGGCUGGUUGAGAGUCAGGGUCGUUUCCCUCAACUUGUUAGCGCCGGAUGCCCUCUACUUGAAUCCCCCUCACAACGAAACACGGGCCAGCACAGAUCCCAGCUCCAGCAACUUUGUGUUUUAACUAAACGGACCAUCAGAGUCACAUACCGAGAUCCUCUGGGCAUGGCGGCAUUCAUAAUCGAGGCCGUUAUCAUGGGCCUCGCGGUUGGGUACAUGUUUUAUGACUUGGGGCGAGACCAAGUUGGCAUUCGGUCCCGGCAAGGGUGCUUAUAUGUUGCUGCAAGUCUACAAGGUUACCUAGUACUCAUCUUUGAAACAUACCGCAUGACUCUCGAUAUGCCAAUAUUCGACCGGGAGACAUCGGAACGCUGCGUCAGUCCUGUUGCGUUUGUCUUUUCUCGCAGACUUGCGAGGCUAUUAACCGAGGACUUACCCGUUCCCAUCAUCUUUUCCGUUUUGAUCUACUUCAUGACCGGACUGGACCGUCAGGCCGACAAGUUCUUUACUUUCUUUGCCAUCACUCUUCUCAAUCACUACAUCGCCGUCGCUUGUGCAACGGCAUGUGUGGUCGUCAGCAGAAACUUUGCGACUGCAAGUCUUAUUGCGAGUCUGAUUUAUACUCUGCAGAGUCUUGCCUCGGGAAUGAUCGUCCAAAUCGAAACCAUUCCCGUCUAUGUUCGAUGGACUCGUUGGAUCACCUACAUGUUUUAUACCUUUAGCGCCUACGUUGGAAACGAGUUUCAAGGCAGUGUCUAUGAAUGUCCAUUCCGAGAUGGCCAGUCAGAUCCAAGGUGCACCCGCUACAGUGGUGAUUUCGUUAUCGAGUCGCUCGGCUUUCCGCAAAACUGGACGGGCAUUGCCAUAGCUUGUAUGGGCGCGUUUGUCAUUUUCUUUGUCUCAUUUUCAAUCCUUGGACUGCAAUAUCUGAAGCCAACAUCGAUUGCGAAUGCUCGCGCCCCUGUGCCACAAAGGGAGGUUUCUCCAAGCUUGGAAAUGACGGCCCAGCAACCAAUCGCCAAGGCCAGACGUCUCCCAGUCCGGCUUGAGGAGUUUUCUCUGAUAUUGAGGACUAAAAGUCUGAAAAGAUUCAGAGCUGGUCCAACUGAGAAGAUCAUACUCAAGCCCAUCAACGCAGAGUUUCAACCAGGUGUGCUCAAUGUCAUUAUUGGGCCCUCUGGCAGUGGGAAGUCUUCCCUCCUCAAUGCCAUAGGAAGAAGGCUUCACAACUCGGCAAGCAUCACAUAUCAUCAAUCGGGGACAAUGAGAGUUGAUGGAGUAGAAGUCUCUGAUCUGACAUUCAGAUCUAUCUGCUCUUAUCUUCGUCAGGAUGAUGAACUACUCCUUCCUGCCAUGACAGUUCGAGAGAGUCUUCGCUACGCAGCCCUGCUUCGCCUCCCGCAGAGUAUGACUGUCCAAGAUAAACACCAGCGCGCCGCGGAGAUUCUUCUCAAGUUGGGUCUGAAGGGCUGUGCAGAUACCCUCAUCGGGAACGAAUCUUUGCGAGGCAUAUCUGCGGGAGAGAAACGGCGGGUUUCUCUCGCUAUCCAGAUCCUAACCGACCCCCAAGUCCUUCUGGUGGAUGAACCUACUUCGGGACUAGAUGCAUUCACGGCCAACUCUAUCGUGCAACUCUUGCAGAGUCUCGCAGAGGAAGGUCGUACUAUCAUCAUGGCGAUUCACCAGCCUCGCUCAGACUUGUAUGGACUUUUUGGGAACCUCUUGCUCUUGUCCCAUGAAGGAUCGCCCGCCUACUGCGGACCGGCGAAAGAUAUGGUCGACUACCUUCGCGAAUGUGGCCACGACUGUCCAUCACAAACCAACCCUGCCGAUUUUGCUCUGGAUAUCGUGACGGAUCUUGUUCAGCAUCGCUCGAGAGGGGGCAAGGUGGAAAGCGGCGAUAAGGUGCAAAGAUUAACCGAGCUCUGGAAGCAGCGAUCCAUCCUUGCACAGCGAGAGCUUGCAGAAAGUGACGACGGGCAAAACCGAAUCCAGGGGACAAGUCGGGAUCUUAUCGACUCAAGCUCUGAGAAUCAACAACCCCUCGAAUCUUCAGUUGUAGACGCCUUAUCGGUCCGCGAUAGAACGCCACUGUAUACCUCACUUCCACUCCUGGUCCGCCGAGCCAUUACCAACACUUGUCGACAGCCUCAGCUGGUACUCGCCCGUAUCAUGCAAUCAAGCGGCGUGGCCAUCAUCUUCACGCUCUUCUUCGCACAUCUUGGCCACGACUAUCUGUCUAUACAAACGCGUCUGGGUUUCUUUCAGCAGUUAGGCGGCUUCUACAUCAUUGGCAUGCUCACCAAUGUGGCAAUCUAUCCUAGUGAGCGGGAUGUUGCCUACCGGGAAAGUAGUGAUGGCGCAUACAGCUUGGACUCAUUCCUAACCUCCUAUACGCUUGUGGAGCUACCUUUUGAGAUCAUCAAUGCUCUGUUUUUCGGCAUCCUUGCUGUAUUCGCUAUUGGGCUCCCUCACACAGCAGCCACCUAUUUCGUUGCAUCCUUGGCCUGUUUCAGUGGGCUUUCGUGUGGGGAGAGUCUAGGCAUCAUGUUCAACACGCUCUUUUCGCACACCGGGUUUGCCAUUAACUUGAUGGGCGUCAUAUUGGCCCUGGCUAAUAGUAUGGCUGGCAUAUUGUCCCUGGACAUGCCACCGCUGUUUGAAUAUCUGAACUACCUGUCGCCCAUACGCUAUCAAGUGCGUGGUGUCGCAUACUACUCGAUGCGAGACUUGUCGUUCGACUGCAACUUUGACAACGACACUUGUCCAAUAACAUCUGGCGAGCAAGCUCUACGGCUAUAUAAAUUCGAUGAGCAUCCACUCGUUAGCGUGGUUGGAAUGGGGGCUUGUGUUGUUGUGUACCGGCUGCUUGCCUGGGGGUUGUUGGUUAUGGUGAGAAGAAGGACUACUAGUUGA